AAUGUUUAGGGGUCCUCAGAUCCUUACGAGGUCUUGUCCUGUACGGCCUCUGCUGCUAGGAGUGAGAGACUCACACUCCCCUGCUUUAUUUGAACACCCUUGUGCCAGACGGCGUGGUGACAGAGCUUUGAAAGAGAGGAAACAUGAAGGGAUCAGUGGAAGAAAGGAAGGAUUUUCAUUUUCCAUACGGACUGCAUCCUCCUCAACAGCGCUCUCCAUAUCAAGUUUGGACUAUGAUAAUUAUCUGAGAGCAGCUUCAACACUAAACCACACACCCAAAGCACUUCUGUCCAACCAUCACCUGCCGCCUCAGGUCUCAGGUUCAAAACCCAAGCUAGCAUCUGACCCUUGGAAGUCCACUAUUCUGGAAGAUUUAGCACAAAAUCCUAGAGCUCUGCAAACUAACCAUGACUGUUCAAUGAGCACCAUGUGCCUUAAAUCCUGGAAAAGGCCAUGGGACAUGAGCCAGCCUUUGCUCAGUGUUACUACAAAGACUCCAUGUAACCUUCUCCAAAGCUGCUCAUUUCACAGACAGCACUUUCUUAGACCGUGGAUUUUGAACAACUUCCUGUGUAGACUUCCACCCUGUAGCCUCUCUUCUCCCCAUAGCAGAGCAGUCCAUUCAGCCGCCCCUCGUGAGACAACUGUCUUGAGGGACUGUCUGUCCUUGGAGAAUGAGGAGAGGUGUCGACAGUGCCUGAGGCCCAACCUGAAGCUCUAUGAAGUGGACAAAGUCAGGAGCGGAGCAGGACAGACUCAGGGAAAGGGCCAGGGCAGAUGGGCGUCCAUCUUGGUCUCUCUCUGCUCUGUGGAGGGGGAGCCAGCGUUUCUGUUCACCCUGCGCUCCAGCAUGCUGAAGGGCCGACACAAGGGAGAUGUCAGCUUUGCAGGAGGUAAGAGUGAUCCUUCAGACAGAGACGUGGUGGCCACGGCGCUGAGAGAAGCCCGGGAGGAGCUGGGCAUCAACGUGGCAGCAGAGAAUGUGUGGGGUGUCCUGAGGCCUCUCAGGGACAUGUCAGGGAUGUUGAUUGCACCUGUGCUGGCCAAUCUCGGCCCCAUAGAGGCUCUGUCCUUCAAACCAAACCCUGGAGAGGUGGAGGAGAUCUUCACCUUGUCCCUAUCCCACCUGUGCAACCCUCAGAACUGUGGCUACACACACUUCCGCACCGGUGACAAGUACGGAUAUACAGCUCCAGUAUUUCGUAAUGGCAAGCAUCGAGUGUGGGGCCUGACUGCCGUCGCUCUGCAGCACACCCUCAAGCUUAUUGUGCCGCCGUAGCAGCUGACUCAGCCAAUCACAACUGUUCAGCUUAAAGAACAGUUCCAGCAUGAUUUGGGGUUUUGGUUUUUACAUUUCCUGGCUCUUUAAUAUUGAUUGGUACAGUUUUUACAUGCGUGCAGAUGGGUUAAAGUUGUUUAUAAAUCAGUGUUGACACAGCUGUUAAACACAUUGACUUUCAUUUAAUUUCCAAAGUCAGAAACUUCUAGUUCAGUUAACAAGGGUCAUCCAUUUUGGCCAAUUGUGUUUUGAAAAGUAGCAUUUUAUGACAUGAUAGGUUUUUACGUUUUUACGUUUUAAAAGAAGUUUUGUUUACCAUACUUCAGUUUUGUGCCUGUAAACAAACAUGCUACUUCUAACAGACACUAAACAAGAUGCUUCUGCCAGAUGCAUUUUUCAAACGGAAAAUAAAGCUUGACACAGUCACAGCUCAAAAUUUGCAACUCUUUUUUACUUUCUGUAACUCAUAGUAGUUGGACAGAAGUUAUUUGAAAAUCUAUUCUUCGACAAACAACUAGGGUAAAAGAAAAGUACCAUACGUAAUGAAAUCUCUCGGGAACGAUAACACUUUACUAUAACAAAAGAAUGCUGGAAAUGAGCAAAAAGCCCCCAAAUGCUGGAAUUAUUCUUUAAGCACAUGAACAUCAUGAAUAAUUUGAUUAUGAAUAAUGUGCAAUCAUUUUCCUGUGUAGCAAAGUCAGGGCAGGCAUCAUAAUGAACACAGUACAUUUUUAUUCACCCGCUUUCAGUUGAUCACAAAAUCAAUCAUGAAAUUCCUUCCAUGUUUGGAGGUGGUACAGUGAAGCUUAUUUUCGCUCUGCACUUUCUCAGCCUUGGGUGAGUAUGAGUCUGUUGAAUGGAUCAGAUGUGUAAAUAUGGUGGCCAUCUGGCUUAAAGAGGGGUUAACCUUUUAUUUUCACUUGGUACUGUGAAAGACAUGAAAGAUAUGAAAUAAGACGUACAUGACAAUUGGGAACACGGUAUUUUAAUGUACCUGAUCCAUUCUUACCUCAGCCAUGGACAAUAUCCAUAUUAAUACUAACAUUAAUUCUGUGUAAGUUUGCAAAUCUGUCUAAACUGUCUUCACCUGUUCUGCAACUUCAAUUUCCAAUGAAACUGAUAUAAUAAAUUAAUGAAGUAU